ACAGGCGGGUUUGGUUGGAUCAGUGCAAGCGAAGUGGCUAACAAAAAAAUGAAAGGCUUUUUAAAUAAACUUAGACUUGGUGUUUGUUCAAUACUCUUUAGUUUAUUAACAAUACAAGCCUCCGCGGUCAACUUUAAUGGCACGAAAUUCGAUACGGCAGCAGGUCGUCAAAUAAUGCGUUUGUCGAAAUCGGCGGAAAUGCGUAACUAUAUGAAACCAGAAGUGGAUGCUUGUAAAGACUUCUAUCAAUAUGCCUGCGGCAAUUGGGCCAAAAUUAAUCCCGCCAUUAAUGAACCCAAAACGGGUAUAUUCAGUGUUUUGACCAAGGCCUACGAUCGUAAAUUAUUUAAAAUUUUGGAUGGCGCUAAAACAUCGGGGGACAUAGAAACCGAUACCAAAGUCAAGUACUUUUAUGAGUCUUGUUUGCAGCGCCGUCAAUCGAAACACAACUAUCGUCAGAAUUUAUUGAGCAUAAUGGAAGAGUUUGGUGGUAUGCCGGCUCUGAAAGGUUCUGCUUGGAAGGAGAGUGAAUUUGAUUGGCUAGAAACUAUAGCCCAGAUAUUGCGUAAAUAUGGCCGCAAGAUAAUAAUAGGUGUGGAUAUUAGUGCAGAUUUAACCAAUAAUGAAAUAAAUCGUGUAUAUAUAGGACAACUGGACGAUUUAGUAACGGGUAAAUCUAAGGAAUAUUACUUGCGUUUAGCCAUGAUGUGGCAAAUUGAAAUGGAGUCAGUUUUGGGUUUGACUGCUCCACAAGCUUUAAUUGUAUCACAAGAAGUUACUGAUUUUGCUCAUAAAUUAGCUUCCGGUAUGGUUGAUCCCAUGGAGGGUCUUGGCAUGGAAGAUAAAACGCGUUUAAGAUUGCUGGAUGAAAUGACAGAGAACUAUGGUCCCGCCAUUAAUUUCACACAAUUUGUUAAGACCUGGCUGGGUUAUGACUACCGUUUGCCUGUCUACGAGUAUGUGGAAAACUAUAUAAGAAAUUUACGCAUUCUAAUAUUGGAAACACCACCUAAUGUCUUGGCCAAUUAUAUAAUGUGGGAAUUGAUACAAGAUUUUCGUCUGGAUGCACAAAAAAACUUAGACAAACAAAAGGAAAAAUGUGUUGAGAUUACCAAAAAACACUUUAUUAAAUAUUUGGAUCAUCUGAUCUAUAAACAACUGCUGACCCAACAGCCCGAUGUAAUUGAAGAGGUAAAAUCCAUGUGGCAACAAUUAAAAUUAUCUUUUGAGGAUAUACUGCAGUCUUCCUCUUCCGGCUGGAUGCUUGAAACCACUAGAGACAAGGCUUUGGAAAAACUUUCAGCCAUGUCUUUCGAAAUAAAUGGUUAUGUAGGUGUGGAUUUUCAAAAGGAAUUCAGUUCUUUGACCAUUUCCUCAGGAGACUUUUUUCAAAAUCUGCAAAAUGUUUUGCUAUUGAAGGGACAAAAUUUCAGAAUGAAAGUACAAGAGCCUCCCAAAUUGGAGGAACAUGAAAUGCUUAGUUUUACACCAGCCUAUGCAGCGGAAUACAAUCGAGUGAUAUUGCCAGUGGCUUUCUUACAACCUCGCUAUAUGUGGGAUGACGUGUAUCCCAAGGCUUUGAAAUAUGGUACUGUGGGCUAUAUCAUAGCCCAUGAAAUGGCUCAUGGCUUUGAUGACACCAUACGUAAAUACGAUGCCAAGGGAAAUCUUAACAAUUGGUGGGAUCGUAAUGCCAGUGCUGUGUUUGCCACACGCAAAGAAUGUCUACGCCAACAGUAUGGCCAGCACAGAUUUGGUGGCAAAUUGCUACCAAAAUCCCAGGCUCAGGGAGAAAAUAUUGCCGACAAUGUUGGCAUACGUAUUGCCUAUGCCGCCUACGAGAUGUGGCUAAGCAAACACCAUCACACGCCAGAACAUCUGCCCCACAUGGACACAAUAAAUGCUCGCCAAUUAUUUUUCAUUAGUUCGGCCCAAAUAUGGUGCACAGAUAUCAAUAGAAUUUGGCAUCAUAUUGUUGCCACCACCGAUGUGCAUCCACCCGAAGAAGUUCGUGUACGUGCCAUGUUUGCCAAUUUCGAUGCAUUCGCCGAGGCAUUCGAAUGUCAGCUGGGCUCACAAAUGCAUCCGCAUAGAAAAUGUAUUAUUUAUUGAUCAAACCAAACAGAUGAUAAUAUACUAUGAUUGGUUGGGGGCAGAUAUUUUAAGUGGAGGCAGGAAGCAAGUCGAUUUUUUCUAGUUCAACUGGAUGGAAUUGAUGGUGAUUGUUCUGCAAUUUCAAGGUUGAGUGUUUUACUUUGUUGAGUGUCGUUAAGUAGUUAGUUCCUAUUGUUGUUAUUUAAGUGUAAAAUUUUAUGCAUGAAAUAAAUACAAACUCAUAGAAAACUGUAUUGUUAUUGUUGUAAAAAAAAACACAAAAAAAGGAAGAAAAUAAUUAAAGUAUUUUAUUAAGUGAAACGAAAA